UUAAUCAGCGGUCUCACAUUGAGCUGUUCAGCCCUAAUGGGUCCAAGUGUUAGAAGUCGUGAAUAUUCUGACCCUACGCGAGCUGAGGAUGACGCUACGGAGACGUUCUACGUCCGAAGACGUUUAAACUGUAUCGCCCGCUCCAGAUAGCCGAGCCGCCACACCGGCAGUAUCGCGCGAGACCCCGGCCCGACCGGUCACGCCAUGCGGCGACCCCACGCGCGCUCACACUCGCUACCGAUCCAAUUAAAUAGCUAGGUGGUCGGUGAGAAAUGUUACUAGUAUCACUUACUUCCCCGUGCGAUUUCGUUUUGCCAAUGCAGUGUUAGAUACUAACCACAAGUGAACCCGAUCCGAUAACAGUACGAAAGUAUCGGUGUUAGGAAACACCGUGGUUUGGAAGAAUACCUAAGUGUGUGGACAUUCGAAAGUGUACGGUUACUGCUGACCCUACCGGACUAUUGAUACAGAUCGUGUGAAUGGCCGCAAGCUGGCACGUUUGCGGUGGCGAGUAAACCGAGACACCGAAAGUAUCACAAUACUGCGACCACUUUACUAAAUAUGACUGCAUUCACAUGUCACAACCGAAAUCGAAAGCGCACAAGAGAUUGCAGUUAAUUUGAAAGUAUCAGGCCCCACGUUGGGCGCCAAAAAAUAAAACCCUACUAAGGGGAAGAUUGUAACAGAACUGCGUGCGGGUUAUGAGUGGUCGUGAGCAGUGACGGCGCCCGGGCGGCGGCCAUGGGCGCGGCGCGCGAUGCGCCCGCGCACGCUGCGGCUGCUCCUGGCGGCGCUGGCGCUGGCCACGUGCGCCGCGGCCCCCGCGCCGGAGCGCGCGCAGCGCUCGGCGAACCUCAGUCACAUCACCGGAACCUCGAGGAACAUACAGAUGUUCCUGAAAAAUCGAUAUCUGCAGCUGCUGCCGGAUGGCACCGUCAACGGCACCACAGACGUCAACAGCGUUCACACAAUACUACAACGUGCCACCUACAAGGUUGGCCUCCUGACGAUCCAGGGGGUCGCCACCUGCCUCUACCUCUGCAUGGAUGCCUGCGGGUACCAUUACGCACAUAAGGAUCUCUCGGACGACUGCAUGUUCGAGGAAAACAUAGAGGAGAACAACUACAAUACGUACUCGAGGAUACGGAGCGGGAAGAAGACCUACCUAGCGUUAGGGAACAACGGCAAGUCGAGGCGGACGCAGAUCGCGCUCAACCGGCCGCUCGGCAACCUCUCGGUGUACGCGCUCACGCUCACCAGGCGGUGGGAGGGCCCCAAGCAGACCCAGUGCCCCGUCCGGCGGCACCGCGGCAAGCUCAAAAGACCCCCACCCUUCCGGACUGAGCAGCGAUGUCAAAUCAGAGUCCAAAAACAGUUGCAAAGACAAAAGCGGAAGCACAAAAAAGUGGUCCACCCCAAAAAGAAACACCGACAUCCGAAGACGCGGAGAAAAUACGACGGCACGACGUCGACGACGACGGAGAGCUACGACGAGUCGACGAUGUCCACGAUGUCCACGACUACCGAUAUGGAGUUUUUUCGGUCACAGACCGCGCAGUAGGCGGUCGUCCGAGCGUGAGCUCGCUCCUCGCGAUGGGGGCAGCCGUCGCGAUCGCACGCUAGCACGGUUCCACGCCCGCCUGGGGGUAGCGCCAACGACAACGCAAUACCAAAACCAAUGCGUCCCAUCCAACAUCACAUAUUCUCAGGCAGAUCUCUGCUUCAGAUGGCACUCGAAUUUC